CCGCAAACUCUCCUGCUUCUCAUCUGUUUCAUUUUCUGUAUUUUGAUUACAUCUGUAACUCCACGAUGGCUCAUGCUCCUUCAGAUACCGCCGCCAAGCACCCACGGCUGACGGCCGCCGAGGUGACGGCAUUGCCUAGCUACGCAUCAGUGACGUGGAAACUUCAGCCAACACAGGAGGGAAAAUUGAAAGUUGCAGAGGGGAGAGGAGGUCCUUUGAACAUUUCAUGGGAGGUACACGGAACGGGUAAGACGAAGGUCAUAGCGAUAACAGGACUUGGAGCCAACAAGGCAAGCUCAUAGAUCCCCACAUGAAUUAUAGAGGCUAACACAAGAAUAGGCAGCAUGGCAACGGCAAACAUUGAGAUUUGGCCACGAGCAGGGAGAUCAGUACUCCUUUCUGAUUUUUGACAACCGCGGCAUGGGCCGCUCUGACAAGCCUGUCAUGCGCUACUCAACCUCUGAAAUGGCGAAGGAUGUUGUCGAGCUCGCAGAUCACCUAGGCUGGACUCAGGAGCGCGAGUUACACGUUAUUGGGGUGUCAAUGGGCGGCAUGAUCGCACAGGAACUCGGUCAACUCAUACCCGAGCGCAUAUGCUCACUUUCUCUUUUCUCCACGCUUGCACGUUUCCAGCGCACCGUCCCUUUCCUGCAAAAUCUACGUAAUAGAGUCAGCAUGUUCUUGCCGAAGUCUCUUGACCGCACCAUCAUCGACGUCGCCUACAACAUGUUCCCUGACAGCUGGCUCGACGCUCCCGACACCCUACGCCUGCCUUCCUCAACUACACCCGGCUGCUUGCCCGCGGGUGGCCACGCGGACUGGGAGUCUGGCGCAUACAGCCACUUCCCAACCAACUUUGCGCGCAUCGCAGCGCAAGAUCUAGAGAAGCGGUCGGACACAGACGGGUUUGGACCGAAGGGGUUCAUAUUACAAGCCAUUGCCGCGGGAUGGCAUGAUAUGAGCUCAGAGCGAUUGAAGGAGCUUGGAGACAAGGUGGGGAGAGAGAGGAUUUUGGUCGUUCAUGGAACGGAGGAUCGCAUGUUGACAUUCCCGCACGGGGAGGCUCUAAUAAAGCAACUGGAGCCCGGGCAGAGUUACGUGAGGGAGGGGAGAGGACAUGUUCUUUUGAUAGAAGAGCAGGACUGGCAUGACGAAACUAUAGCGAAAUUAUGGGCGAAGACUGCUUCGUUAUCGCUUUAAGUUUGCAGGUUCGGAUCAAGGAUAGUUUGCCGUGUUUGACACCACUAGGAAUAGGGCCGAUAGGAAGCGCCAACGAUUUUUUUUGUAAGGCUUAUUAGUCGACAAAUCGGUUCAUAAUAACGUACAUGUAUAACGAACCGGCCAAACAAGCGAACCGGCCAAUCCAUUUUACACCUUAAAUCACGAAUUUCAUAACUUAAUAUCUCAACAACCCUUUAAUAAUAAGUUAUAAAAAUAUGUACUUAGCCUUUUAUAAGCAUUUAAAGUACUCUAUUUGAUUUUUAAAGCAAUUAGUAUUGUAGUUAUUAAGAUAUUGAGU